AUGCUCCUAUUCUUGAGCCCUGAGCCACUCGGUGUAGUACGAUACACCUGGUCGCCCACUUUCAAACGCUGUGGACCAUCACUCCAUGAAGGUCGUUCAAACCGCACAUGGAUUUGCUUGCCGCUUCUUCCAAUAAAGCACAUUUCUCAAUCUGUGCGGUUAACUUGGCUUCCAGGCCAUCAUGUAUCAAUUAUGCGUGUGAGCAACGACGGCACAUGCAACGAGAGGUUUGAGGGGACAAGUAGCGAGGCUGCCAAGCGUCGGGGCGUCAAGUAUACCGCUGCUGAUGAAAGCUCUGCUGUAGCUACACUGCCUGGGAACUUUAUUUAG